GGGAGUCGCAUGCUCAGCCCGCCGCAUAAAUUGAAACUGUUAAUCCAAUUUGAUUGGGUAUAGUCUGAAUAGUCCGAGACAGCAUUGAAAGCAAUAGUCUAUUCUUCUAAGGAACCUUCAGGAUCGAAGUAUCUUCUCUCCUUUCCUUCGCUCUCGAUGAAAUGAAACAUAUAAUUGUCGAGUUUUUGUUAAUUUUAUCGAUUCGAGAUUGCCGAUGCGACGACGGUGGGAAAAAGUUCCGGAGCGACCAGGGGAAGUCAAUAUGUAUUCACCAGCUCACGGCGCGAAAACUAUUAAUGUCUCGACACUGAGACAACUCCAUUUUUCUUAGCUCCGACUUUGCCGAUGGCUGUCAUUAAUACGCGGGCGUCCCGAUGUUUUUCGAAUAUACCCUAUACUAUAUUAAUAGACUAUCGUUUCGCGCAACAGUAUAAAUACCAUUCCCCGGGCUUGCGUAACUAUAACGCCGUCCGCGAGAAACGUCUACGCCGGGCGCACACAUCUACGGACAAUGGCGUGUGUGUGUGCACAGUAGCCCCGAAUAAAUGUUCCCGCUCGCGAAAAAAGAUUUAUCGACGUCCGGCUGCUACGAGUGUGAGCUUCGCUCGAUAAAAAAUAUCCACUUGGUGUGCGCGCUAAUUUCCCGCGAUUUCCUCUCGAUAUGAGCAUGAACGACGCGCAAAUGUUAGCGAGAAUUUCCAGCACGCAAGGAGCGUCCCAGGACCGCCGAAAAAGACGGCUCCGCGAAGGCGCGUCUGACGACGCACGACAAGGACGGAAUAAAAAGUUUCACAAGCGGAGAUAUGAUCCGAAAGAAAGUUACUCGGGAGGUCUCCUCGCGACAUCAUUGGUGUUCAAUUAUUGGUGCCGAGCGAAACGCGAAGCGACCCUUACAGCUGAGAUCCCAGACAACGUGCAAUAUUUAUAAUAUAUUUCAAAAAUAUAGAUAUUAAAUAUUUCGAAAAUAUUCAAAUGUCCGAGAAGGUCAGGUGUGAGGAAGAUUAUGAUAAAUAUUCGAAAAUAUUGACGAAGAAUAUUUGUCACAAUAAUAAUAAAAACAUGAUUUCAUUUAAGUAAAACCGUGUGUUUCAAUGAUUUAUGAAAAAUAUUUAUAAUAAAUUUCUCGAGUACUUAUCCUAACCUUCCUCGUACCUGACUUUCCCAGACAUUUGGAUAUUUACAAAAUAUUUAAUAUCCACAUUCUUUAAAUAUUUUAUAAAUAUUGUGUGCUAUCUGGGAUAUUUAUUAAGGUUCCCUUUGUUUCCGAGUAUUAUAAGCCCGGCACCGAAAACAUGCAUCCACACAGGGCGGGCUAUUUCCGAAAAUUAGGUUUGAUCUUCACCGCGUACCAAUUCGCCUCGAUAAAUUAAAUUAAUCAUCCCGAGUGCACGCUCCGCAUUAUCUAUCGUACGUUGCGAACAAACUCAAACGUGUUACGAUCCGUCGAACGGCUUUGCUUCCACGUACGAAUGUAUCUCACGAAUAAAUGAAAUGUACCAACAAAUACCUAUUGAGCUUAUUUAUCUCAUGAACAA